AUGGAAGUGCAAAAUGUGAGUCAAACAAUGGGAUUAACUGAUUACAAGAAUGAAAGACUGAAACAAAUAUCGAAACAAAUUUACUCGAAAGUGGAUAAACUCCAGAAUCCUCCGAAAAAUCUUUGCGAUAGUGUCUCAAAAUUAAUUUGCAAACUCAGUGUUGACGCGGGCUUUGCAUCGGGGAUACAUGAAAUCUUAUGGUGUCUAUUGUCCGCCUAUUAUAACAAUCAAACGGUUAUUUUGAUUCCCGAUUGGACUAAAUAUUUUGGUCGCACUCCCGAUGUAUGGGAGCGAAUGUUUUUAUCACUUUUUACCACCCGUUCCCGUGAGAACUGGAACGAUAUCUUUCAGCCUUUAAGUACUUCUUGUGAUUAUAAAGAUCUACCCAAAGAUCAACUCAAUGCUCCCGAGCGGCCCAAUACUGUCAUCGAUAGGAAACUCAUGAAUGAAUUGCCAAAACAAUUUGGGAGUGAAUUAAUGGACAUUCUUGACGGUCCCAACUCAUGGUUUCACUCGCAGUUUGUGGGCUAUAUAUUGCGACCGCAGCCAAGACUUGAAGAAUUUAUCAAGAAUUUCAAGAAACAAAUUAAUUACAGACACCCUAUAGUAGGCAUUCAAGUUCGACGGACUGACAAAAUAAGUUAUGGAGAGGCUCUCUAUUAUCCUAUUUCUGAUUAUAUGGUUUCUGUUGAAGACUAUUUCGAUAAACUAGAGCUCACACAACAAGUACCUCAACGACUAGUUUAUGUGGCUUCCGAUGAUCCAUCAGUAUUGCCUCAACUCAUCAAACAGUAUCCUAACUAUGAGUUCAUUGGAAGCACUUCUAAUGCAAAGAUAGCUUUCAGUCAAACCACUAGAUAUUCAAAUGAAUCUCUUUGGGGAAUACUCGCAGACGUAUUCCUGUUAUCGGAAUCUGAUUAUAUUGUCUGCACUUUCAGUUCAGCCAUAUGCCGCCUUUCCUAUCAAUUAAUGCGAUACAAGCAAUUGGACGCCUCAUUGCAAUACCGAUCCCUAGACGUGCCCUUCCAUUAUCAUCACUCUCUCACUCCCAUCAGAGCUGUUGUUUACAAUCAUCGGCCAAAGUCUGAAGAGCAGUGGAAUCUAAGAAUCGGCGAUCGUUUGCACGAAAGAAUUAGGGGUCGAUUCACUGAAUGGUUUGAUCAGUCAAUCAAUGGCAGGGUUUAUGACGAUAUUGAGCUGGUUUAG